ACCCGAGGGGAAGAACAAUAAAAUAAUGUGUACAUUAAAUUUCUAGCUGACAAGUUUAGCAGUAAGAUAAUGCAAGCAUUUAAUUCCUUGGUUGCAGUACACCACUCUUUACCCAUACUCUGGCUUUAUUUCAUGCUCCACCAAGUUGACUUGACUUACUUGAGUCGAGUCUUGAGUGACUUGAUCAUAUUAACGGUAGGCUCAUAAGGGGCUUUCCAUGUAAUCUCAAAUGAAUGCUAUACAGCAAUUUAAUUAGUAUAAUACAACCCCUGAUCCUCAAUACUAGAAAAGCUUAUCUUCCAAACUUAAACACCUUGUUGAGGUAAGACAACACGGCCUCUAUAUAUAACAAUUGAGCCUAUGUUUUCCUUUGGCACUUACCAUAGGGAUAUUCAUUCACGUGUCUUUGUUGCUUCCACCUUGUUCUCUUUCAAAGUAUUCUUGCUUGCAUUUGCAUAGUCUCGGCGCUUCUGAAAAUGAGGUAUUCGGAUGCUCUUUUGCUUCAAGAAUCAUCAUCAUUUCAAACUCCAAUUGUGAAGUGAAAUCUUGUCUCUUUUUUUUUUUUUUUCCAUACAUUUAUAUUGUUCUGUAACCACCUGAGACUAAAACAAGAAAUAAUAAAGUACAAUAUCAUUGCUUCACGCUUUUUGUUUUUGUUAUGUUUGGAUAUAUAGCCUUGAAAGUAGCUACUUGUGUUUGUGAGAAACUCAAGGGAAUAUAUAGGUUUUCUUCCCCAUUGAUUUGAUUUUCUUUUUUUUUAUCCCUCCUUUGUAUACUAUAUAGUAUAUACAACGAGUUGCAUAUAUUUUACUUGUCCCUUUUACAUGGAAACAUUGCAUUGCAAGUAGCACCAUGAACGUGUACUUUUAUUUGUUGUGUUGUGCUUGACGGUAUUGUUUUACUUUUUACUCCCAAUUUUAAAAUGAUUCCAUUCACCUGCACGAAGCUCAUGUGUAUACCGUGUUUAAUGGAUCGCUAACUUUUAGCUGAAAAAAGUGUCACUGUCACAUGCUCAUUCUUUAAAUGCGUGUAAGUGUAACUAGAUCUUCCUUCAAGGGAGUUUUUGCACAUGCCUCUGCUUCAAAUCGAACAAAAUAUUUACCUUGAGAACCCAUUUCUGCUAUUACCUAUAAAGAAAUCCGUAGUUUUGUUUGAUUUAUUAGCACUCAACCAUUCCGCUUUUUUUAAUGUUUAUAGUUUACGACUUCAAAUCAAUAUACCAUUAUGCAGAUAUAGAAAAACUUUAAGGGACGAUGAACAAAGAUUUUAACAGGGUCACUAUUCUAUAGCAUCUGCAGUUCUGCUCUUAAAGUUGUCACUACCUCAAAUCUCCUUCAAACCAGAAACCUUUGAUUAUGAUGAACAACCUCAAGUUAGGGAUAGAUGUGGUUAGUGCCCACAAUCUACUCUCUAAAGAUGGAGAAGGUUCUUCCAGCGCCUAUGUGGAACUAUGUUUUGAUGGCCAGAGAUUCCGUACAACCAUCAAAGAGAAAGAUCUGAAUCCUGUUUGGAAUGAAAGCUUCUACUUCAACAUCUCCGACCCUUCCAUUCUUCACCACCUGACCCUUGAUGCCUAUGUCUACAACCAAGUCAGAGCCACAAACUCCACUUCAUUUCUUGGCAAGGUUAGCCUCACUGGCACUUCUUUUGUCCCUUACUCCGAUGCUGUUGUACUGCACUAUCCACUGGAAAAGCGCGGCAUUUUUUCUCGUGUUAGAGGAGAACUUGGCCUCAAAGUUUACAUCACCAACGAUCAAGCCAUAAAAUCCUCAAUUCCAGUUGCUGCUCCGGCCGAGUCUGUAACAACAAAUAAUCAUGCAGCACAAGUUCAUGGACAUGCAGAUUCUGUGGUGAUGAACAAUGUAUCAUCUAGAGAAAAGGUGCACACAUUUCAUCAUCUACCUAAUCCAAACCAUAACCAACACCAACAUCAGCACCAAAACGAACAUCAACAUCAUUCCUCUGCCUAUGCAGAUAAACAUUAUGUACCAAAGCAUGAAGCUGAUGCAAUAAAAUCUGAAGCACAACCACCAAAACUAGUCCUAAUGCGCGCUUCGUCGGUUCAACCUGUUGAUUACGCCCUCAAAGAAACAAGUCCAUAUCUUGGUGGGGGAAGAGUUGUUGGAGGCCGUGUUAUUCACAAGGACAAGACAUCAAGCACUUAUGAUCUUGUGGAAAGGAUGUAUUUUCUCUAUGUAAGGGUAGUCAAGGCCCGCGAGCUUCCUUCCAUGGAUGUCACUGGUAGCCUUGAUCCAUUUGUUGAGGUCAGAAUUGGAAACUACAGAGGAAUUACAAAACACUAUGACAAGAAUCAGAAUCCAGAAUGGAAUCAGGUAUUUGCAUUCUCAAAGGAGAGGAUGCAGGCAUCUGUAAUGGAAGUUGUGAUCAAAGACAAGAAUCUUGUGAUGAAAGAUGACUUUGUAGGGAUUUUGAGGUUUGAUAUCAAUGAAGUUCCAUUGAGAGUUCCACCAGAUAGUCCUCUGGCGCCGCAAUGGUACAGAUUAGAGGACAAGAAAGGGGAUAAGGUGAAGGGGGAGUUGAUGCUUGCUGUGUGGAUUGGAACACAAGCAGAUGAGGCUUUCUGUGAUGCAUGGCAUUCAGAUGCAGCUGCUAGCUCUGUUGACACCACACCUUCUUCGACCGCAGUGCUGCGGUCGAAGGUUUACCAUGCGCCAAGGCUAUGGUACGUGCGCGUCAACAUUGUUGAGGCGCAAGAUCUAGUUCCUACGGAGAAAAACAGAUUCCCUGACGUGUGCGUCAAGGCACAAAUAGGACACCAAGUAUUGAAAACAAAGAGAGUUCCAGCGAGGACUCUGAGUUCACUCUGGAAUGAGGAUCUUGUGUUUGUUGCGGCCGAGCCUUUCGAUGAUCAUCUAGUCCUGACGGUGGAAGAUCGAAUCGAGCCAGGAAAAGAUGAGAUCAUUGGCAGGGUGAUCAUUCCACUGAACUCUAUAGAGAGGCGUGCAGAUGACAGAAUCAUUCAUUCAAGAUGGUUCAAUUUGGAAAAACCAAUUGCUGUGGACAUUGAUCAGUUAAAGAAAGAGAAAUUCUGUAGCAGGAUUCACCUCCGUGUGUGCCUUGAUGGAGGCUACCAUGUUCUUGAUGAAUCAACACAUUACAGCAGCGAUCUCCGUCCAACUGCAAAGCAAUUAUGGCGGCCACCGAUCGGUGUUCUUGAGCUUGGAGUGUUGAAUGCUGUUGGACUCCACCCUAUGAAAACAAGAGAUGGAAGAGGCACUUCUGACACUUACUGCGUUGCAAAAUAUGGACAUAAAUGGGUCAGAACAAGAACAAUUGUUGAUAAUUUGUGCCCUAAAUACAACGAGCAAUACACAUGGGAGGUUUUCGAUCCGGCAACGGUUCUAACUGUAGGUGUAUUUGACAAUAGCCAAAUUGGGGAAAAAGGUUCUUCAAAAGACUUGAAAAUUGGAAAAGUCAGAAUCCGAAUUUCGACUUUAGAAACAGGUAGAAUCUACACACAUUCAUAUCCGCUUCUAGUUCUUCACCCUACAGGGGUUAAGAAAAUGGGUGAAUUGCACUUGGCCAUAAGAUUCUCAUGCACCUCUUUCACGAACAUGAUGUAUCUAUACUCCAAACCUCUCCUCCCAAAAAUGCACUACGUUAGAGAGGUGGUUGAGUAUAUGUCUGACGUGGACUCUCACCUAUGGAGCAUGAGGAGAAGCAAGGCGAAUUUCUUCAGGCUCAUGACGGUAUUCUCAGGUUUAUUCGCCGUUGGAAAAUGGUUCUCUGAUAUCUGCAUGUGGAAGAACGUUAUAACCACUGUGUUAGUUCAUGUCCUCUUCUUGAUGCUGGUGUGCUUCCCGGAACUGAUUUUACCAACGGUUUUUCUGUACAUGUUCUUGAUUGGUGUGUGGAACUAUAGGUAUAGGCCAAGGUACCCGCCACACAUGAACACGAUCAUUUCGCAGGCGCACACGGUGCAACCGGAUGAGUUGGAUGAAGAGUUCGAUACGUUUCCUACGAGCCGGAACCCUGAUCUUGUGAGAAUGAGGUAUGAUAGGUUGAGGAGUGUGGGUGGGAGGAUUCAGACGGUGGUUGGUGAUUUGGCCAGCCAGGGUGAGAGGAUUCAGGCGCUGUUGAAUUGGAGGGACCCACGUGCGACGGUUAUAUUCGUUGUGUUUUGUCUUCUUGCUGCGGUGGUUUUGUAUGUUACUCCGUUUCAGGUGGUGGCUGCUUUGGCUGGCUUCUAUGUUAUGAGGCAUCCCAGGUUCCGGCAUAGGCUUCCGUCGGCGCCUAUCAACUUCUUCCGACGGUUGCCCGCAAGAACAGAUAGCAUGUUGUAAAGAAUAAUGCAUGUUCUAAGUUGUAACUUAUUUCUUUCCUUUUUGAUCCUGUUUUCUUCAUUCAAGUUUGUCUGGACAUGCAUUUACCUUCAAUUCCUUAAUUAAUUCCGUAUUAAUAUCUCCUUCUUCC